AUGGAGGCUUUUAGGAGGGCCCUUGAGGAGACUGGGUUGGCUGAUCUAGGUUGGAGGGGGAACAAAUAUACUUGGAAUAAUGGCCAUGAGGGGGUUACCUUCAUUAAAGAAAGGCUUGACCAGGUGGUAGCCAAUCAAUGGUGGAGGGCCACGUUCCAAGAAGCAGGGGUGGAGGUCUUAAGCACUUGGGUUUCAGACCACAAGCCUUUAUUGGUGCUAGCAAAAGAGAUGGGAGAGAGGAGAUAUAAGGGAAAAAAGUUUAAGUAUGAGAUGAAUUGGGGUAUGGAAGAGGAGUGUGGCAGGCUAGUAGAGGAUGUUUGGAGCAAAAGGAGAGAAAAUAGUGGAUUUUUAAGGAGUGUGCAACAGAAAUUGGCUUGCUGUAGGGUGUCUUUAAGGCGAUGGAGUAGGGGUUUAAAUAAGGGCAGGGAGGGGGAAAUCAAGGAGAAAUCAGUACAGUUGAGGGUGCUAGAGGAAGAGGAGGGUCCUAAUAAUAUGGGGGAAAUAAAAAAACUAAGAGGGGAACAGAGCAUACUGUUGGAUAAGGAAGAUUUGAGGUGGAAACAAAGGGUAAAGAAACAUUGGUUGGCAAAUGGUGAUAAAAAUACAAAGUUUUUCCAUGCGUGUGCAAACCAGAGAAGGAAGAAGAACACUAUAAAGGCUGUCAGAGAUUCACAGGGUAGGUUGGUCAUUGAGGAGAAGGAGAUAGAAGGAGCCUUCUAG